CCGUGACAGCGCCGUGCCCCGCACUUUCUGUCAGGACUCUGUCAGGACAGGAGCAGGCCGACGCCGCCCGCCGCCCUUCAGAGCAAAUCGCAGCAUUUCCUUCCACCCCGGCCGCCCAGGCCCUACCCCCUCCCCAACCUCAGCCCUCAUCCUCUGCGAUGGCAGAGAGAGCUGCCCCCCGCCCCUCGGAGGCCAAGGAGAAGCACAGGGCCCCCCCGGAGCCCGCUGCUGCACCGCUCGACGCUUCCAAGCCGGCCGUGUACGCCCUGGAGCCUGAAGCGGUCGACACCAUUGAGGCCUUUGUCCGGAGCACAGAGAAGGACAAGGAGCAGAAGAUGAAAUUCCUGCGGAGCAUCUGCACCGUCUGCAACACGGCAGCGGAGAGGAACAUGGUGCAGGGACUGAGUGUCUUCUGCUGCUGCAACGAACUGGCCAAGAACAUCACAGAGCUGCUGGCAGAGGAGCCCCGGGCAAAGCUGUGCUUCCAACUGUGGCAGCUCGCCAUGGCUGCCAUCACCGCCCUCAGCACGGUUAAGGCGGCAUUGGAGGAGAAGAUCCAUCUCUUGGUAGUGUGCUUCCAGAGCAUCCUCCUGUUUCCCUCAGAGCAGGACCUGAACGUGAGCCUUUACUCCGAGACCCUGAAGGCUCUGGACCGGAUGCUGCACACGCUGGUGUUCGUCCACCCCUCAGCCAGCGUUGGCAAGGAGCUGCACAGCAUCUUCCAGGUGCUGCUGCCUUUCACCUGCUCACAGAGCGCGGCUGUGCGCCAGAGGGUAGUGGGGCGAUUCUGGAAGUUGAGCCAUUCGCUAGUGCACUUCUGCCAGGGCAGGCCUCAUCGCUCCUUGGGACGAACCAGCUCGGUCCGCUACCAAGAGCUCCACGUGCCCAUGCUGGGGCGCCUGGUGGGAAGCCUCCUCCUGUGCUGCGCCUUCCCGGAGGACAGGACGCACUUUCUUGCUUUGCAAGCUCUCCGUCAGCUCUACACAUUUAUCCUGGGGAGAACUCGUAAGGCGACGGCUGCUGACCGCCUCCAUCCAUCGCAGACGUCCCACGGGGCCAAGCGUGGAUGGCACUGUGUCGGCUGCUGCUCUGAGCAGCCAAGGAGUGGAACCCCAUGGGGUCGGGGAGCUGCGCCCCACGGCCCCGCGCUCGGGGUGGGGGCAGCUGUCCCACUCCCCACACAGUGCUCCCAUCUCACAUACCAUGGCUUGUUCUCAUUUCCAGGCUGGGAAGCGCGGUCGGAGGAGCAGGACAAACUCAAGCAGUGGGAAGCUGACCACGAGUUCUCCCUCUCCUGGACCACCAACACCACGAUCAUUUUGCAGAGCUUUGUGAAACACCUCCACUCUUGGGAGAAGACUGACCUUUUCCUUGUGGCGCUGUGGGGCAUGAGGGACUGCAGCAACUACAACACCCAGGUGGCUACCACCAUGCUGUCCAUCCUGAUGCUCUACUUCAACCCUACGGCCGACGAUGUGCAGCGGAUCCUGAUGGAAAUCCACAGGAGCAGGAAGCUGAUCACAGAGCAGCGGGCGCAGACGACCAUCGAGGGCACCUUGUCCUGGCUGGCCAACUCCAGCCCUCGCGCAGUGACACUCAGCCUGCUGCGCUGCUCCCCCACCUGCAACAAGGACACGUGGGAACUGUGGGAGAUGGCGUUGUCCUUGGUGAGCGUGGUGCCACAGAUGGUGCAGGAGCUGCUGCAGCUGCUGGAGAUCGCGCCGCUGGACCAGGAGACCAAGACCGGCGGGCUUCCCCUGGCCGCGACCACGGUGCUGCACAAGAUCCUGCAGUGCCGGAAGUACGGCGCGGAGGUGCGCCUGUUUUUCCCAGAGCUUUUUGUGGCGCUCAUCUUCCAGCUGGUGUCAUCCAGGGAGCUCGCUCCGCUGGAGGAGACCACUGUUAAUGAGGACCAGUUCCGCCCGUCCGCGCCCGCCCCUGCCAUCAGGACGGUGCUGGAGGUGAUGCACAGUUUGCUGCUGUGCGCGGAGCUGGACCAGCUGGUGUGCUCCAUGGACAGACACCAGCUGUGGAAGGGGCUGCUGGGUUCUGCCACGUGGCAGAGUGGCCUGCACUCCCUCUCCAGGAUGAUGGUGAGGACCUGCCGGGGUCAGUGUGCCCGUGUCUUCAGCCACCUGCAGAAGCUGCUGCAGAACAACGAGCUGCAGUGGAGGGAGGUCCCUGCCAUCACAUUCUACAUGGAGCUGCGGAGCUGCGAGGAGCUGCAGGAGGAGGACACCUGCGCCCAGAAGAUCUUCAAGAAAUACACCUGCAGCAAGCAGCUCAAGAGCAGGGAGCUGGCGCUGCACGGGCUGCGAGGCCUGUACGCAGGGAGGAUGCAGCUGCUGCUGCCCGAUGCACUGCAGUGGCUGCAGAACACGCGGGCCGACAUCAAGGUGCAGGCCAUGCAGCUGCUGCAGGACAUCGCGGCUCAGCACCCCGCCAGCAUGCGGAGCGUGCUCAGCCAGCUGGCAACGCAGCUGCUCUGCUGCUUCAAUGAGGACAGCGUGGAGGUACGCUCGUGCUCCAUGGAGCUCUUCGCGGUGCUGCUGACGGUACCAGGCAAGAGGCAGCUGCUGCCGCAGGCGGAGAGGAGUCUGCUGCCGCUCUUCAUCCGCAUGAAUGAGGACUUCCCCAGCGUGGCCCAGGCUGCUCAGAAUGCCCUCACCCAUGCCGCCAAGCUCCUGGGCUGGGAGCAACUGCAGCACCUGGCCAGCGAGGCAGACAUCUGCAAGAUUGCUGACUGCCUGCUUCAGAAGGGGGGCAGCGCCCUGGAGCAAUACCUGCAGCAGAGCGUGCAGCACCUGCGCAGCCCCCAGCCGCGCGUGCGGGAGGCUGCCGUGCGCUUCCUGGGUGAGUCCCGGCCCCUAUGGGUCCCCCUCCCUCUGAUCCCUGGGUGAAUGCUGCGGGGUCGGUGUGCAGGGGGUGGCAGGGGUCCUGAGGGAGUCACUGGAGUACCGUUGGUGUUCUUGGAGGUUAUUGGGGCGCUGUUGGAAUCACUAGGGUACCAUGGGGUUAUUGGGCGUCAUUGGGGCACCACUGGGAUUCUUGGGGGUCAUUGGGGCACCGUGGGGGUCCCCGUGGCACUGCGGUGUCCUUGGAAGCCAUGGGGACACCAUGGGGGUCCCUGGGUGCACCGUGCGGUCCCUGAUGGUGGCCAUGUGCGCAGGGCUCCUGGCUCGGGAGAUGAAGAAUGAGAACCCGGAGAAGCUGCCGGACAUCCGCAGAGCCCUGCAGAGCCUGAAGAAGGACAGCGAGCCGGCAGUGAGCUCCCUGGUGGGGCAGACAUUGCUGAUCCUCAGCAAGCUGGAAGGCGUGCCG